AUGCGGUAUGUGUUACACGUAGAUACAAUCGGUGCCAAUCAAACCAUUAGAGAUGGGGAGACUUUAGUUUCAGCCGGAGGAAGCUUUGAACUCGGAUUUUUCAGCCCCGGCAGUGGUAGGUCCAGAAAGAGAUACUUGGGAAUAUGGUACAAGGACACAGCUACUGGGACUGUGGUAUGGGUUGCCAACAGAGAUUUCCCACUCAAUGACACAUCCGGUCUUCUGAAACUAACCGAUCAAGGAAUUCUCGUUCUUUUAAAUAGCACAGAGGGGGUCGUUUGGUCUUCCAAUUCAUCAAGAUUUACAAACAGUCCACUAGCACAACUUUUGGAGUCUGGAAAUCUUGUUGUCAACGACGGGAAUGGAAAUAAUAUGGAGAGCUUUUUGUGGCAGAGUUUUGAUUAUCCAUCUGAUACACUUUUAGAGGGCAUGAAGUUUGGGAUGAACAUGAUGACUGGGCUGGACUGGUACCUGUCAUCCUGGAAGAGCAGUGAUGAUCCAGCGUGA